AUGUGGUUCGCCCCACCGUUUUGGACGGUCACAGCGGUUCUCGAGCUUGAGUCGGCUGACAACUUGUGGGUGGGCAAUUCCUGCCAGCUGAUUGGUCUCGCCGUUACACCCGUGGCGGCCAUGGUGACUGACAGGUAUGGCGUGGGCUUCUGUGUACUGGUGGGAGCAAUUUACGUCCUCAUCAUUUCCGUCCCGACCUACACGUGGAUUGCCUUCGACCCCACAAACCGCGAAGUGGCGUACGUGGGCCUGGGCUUGCUAUUUGGUGUGGCACAG